AUGAUCGAUGACGACGCGGUACGCGAUGACGGGUUGGAGUUGAGGCUGGAUGCCAAGACGCCCGGAGAUUUCCCUGCCGAUCCCGUCACCACAACAGGAAACAACGGCCAGCGGGCUUGGGGCAAGAACGACGCCAACCUUCUCUACUCCACGUCUCAGCUCGCUGACGAUGGCUGCAUGCUCGUUCCCACUCGUCGCACUCAAUUAAUACGCCAUCUCCCUCACUGCUACCCCGCCUUUGAGCGCUACACAUCGCCCCAUCCGCUUCAGCGUCUGCCUGCAGGCCUCAUUCCAUGGGUAUCUGCUCGUCGUGCCUCGGUGGGCGGCGGCCGUCCGAGUCAGAAUCCAGAUGAGCGAGUUGAUGCUUACAAGUCUCCCUUGCAGCAGUCGGACACGUCGCACCUGCUCCAUGACCCAUACCAGCCAAACUACGGCACCAACAACGGCUCGCACAACGCUCCACAGCCAGAUCCAGAAGAGCUGCGUCGCCAGCGCGAGACGCUGGAGCGCAUAUGCGCUGAGACGUCCGAGCAAUUGAUCCCUGUCUCGCAACCAGCAACCAUCCCCCCGGAAGUCAGCGAGCAGCCUACGAACGACGCAGAAUAUGCCCGCCUAUUCAACGAACGCUUCGCGACGCUACGCAAGACCCCGAGUCGACCUUCGUCAGCUGACGCUGCAGACACUGAAGACGAUGAGGCCGCCUGGCUAGAGCAAGCUCUGGGUGGCCAGGGCGAAGACGAGGUGGACCAGAUUGAGCCCACGAAGGGAGGACUGACGAUUCAGUUUGGUGCCCGAUAG